AUGGUCCCUGCUAUACGUGUAGCUCCGUCGCGAGCUAACAAAGCAGUCAAUCUACUCCGUACUUUCCAAUAUACGUAUCCUCCGUCCUGUCCCUGCCAUGGAAGUCCAUCUUACUCUCAUCAAAAUCAACCCUCGAAAGCUCUACAGGCGCACGCCAAACGCAACCUCCAAUUAAGCAGUUCGGGAAUAAUUGGUACCUCGGAACAGAAAGAGUAUGCCUUUGAGAUGGCCUCGUCGUCCGUGAGAUUCGGAGCAGGAGCUACAAGAGAAGUAGGCAUGGAUCUAGAGAAUUUAGGUGCCAACCGAGUUUGUGUUGUCACAGAUAAAACAGUAAAGGAUCUGUACGGGAUGCAACAAGCCAUACAAAGCUUGGAGAGAAGCGGAAUUGAUUAUUUCAUCUAUGAUGGAUGCCGCGUUGAACCAAAACAAAGCUCUAUAUUGAAGGCAAUAGAGUUCGCUAGAAGUUCCCAACCAGAUGCUUUUCUUGCUGUCGGUGGCGGUUCCGUCAUUGAUACUGCUAAGCUCAUGAACCUUCUUACCUGUUAUCCCGAUUCCACAUUGAUGGAUUUUGUCAACAAGCCACUCGGCAAAGGUCGACCUAUAAGCAAGACAUUGAAGCCACUCAUUGCUAUACCAACAACAGCUGGUACAGGCUCUGAAACUACUGGUACAGCCAUCUUUGAUAUAGAUUCUCUUCGAACGAAGACAGGUGUUGCCCACAGAAAUCUGAAACCGCUCCUCGGCAUAUGUGAUCCCUUAAAUACUCGGACUAUGCCUGCAGCAGUUCAUGCAAGCUCGGGCCUUGAUGUACUAUGCCAUAGUCUAGAAAGCUGGACUGCAAUCCCGUAUAAUGAGCGGAAACCGCGACCGACAAAUCCAAUCAACAGACCAGCAUAUCAAGGAGCAAACCCAAUCAGCGACAUUUUUUCUCUACAAGCGCUAAGAAAUACAAUAAAGUAUCUCCCACGAGCAAAAAACGAUCCAGAAGAUUAUGAGGCUCAAAGCGAGAUGCUUCUCGCUGCUACUUUAGCCGGAGUUGGGUUUGGAAACGCGGGCGUACAUCUCUGCCACGGAAUGUCUUAUCCAAUUUCAGGGCUAAAUCCUGGUUACAAACAUCCUGGUUAUGCCAUAGAUUUACCAUUAAUCCCACAUGGGGUAUCUGUGGCUGUUACUGCUCCAGCUGUCUUCAGAUUUACAGGCGCUUCGAAUCCUGAGCGGCAUCUGAAAGCGGCUGAGUGUUUUGGCGUUGAUAUAUCAAAUGUGAAACGAGAGAGUGCCGGUGCCGUGCUCGCAGAGGCAAUUUCUAAGUUUUUACAAGAUUUAGGUGACCAGCCAUCAGGCUUAAGAGGAUUAGGGUUCGGUAGAGAGCACCUUGAUAGUCUAGUAGCGGGUGCCAUGCCACAGCAGAGAGUAUUAAAGUUGGCACCUGGCUUACAAGAAGAGCUGAGUGAACAGACUGAACAAUUACAAUCGCUCUUUGAAGAUGCUAUGUAG